UGAGGAAAGACUAAAAGGCAAAACCACAUCACCGUGUCUGCUCGCUCCACUUCAUCGACGGCAAGCCAACAGAUGAUAAUCCAGUCCCUACACUUUUCAGCAGAAACAAUUAUGGGAAACCCAAAGCAGUCAGAAAUAUGACGUCAAUUACAAAACGACAGGAACACCUACAGGUAGCAUCUAUACCAUCAGCUCUUGAAGAAAGAAAUCUUCCAUCUGAAGUUGACAUGGUGUUUUCCCCUCCAUUUGUUUGUACUGUUGAAGUUGAAACAGCUGUUGAUGCCAUAGAUUUCUGUGCUGAUCAUUCAUGCUUCUUCAAUGAAGAUGUGGAUAUGUCAAAAGACCAUAGCUACUCUGUAGGACAGAUUACAUCAGACACAGCUGUAGAAGUCAGAGAUUCUGCUGUCCAGACAGACUUAUCCAUGUGGGAUAUACAAGCUAAUUCACAGAAACUUGAAGACCUUGAACAGAAGCUAGGAAACAAGGAUGCUCUUUUGCGGAAUUUGUUUGUUGACAAAGUCACCAGAACAGAUGAGAGUGUGAUGCAGUACACAGGAAUACCAUCAAGGGAUUUGCUUUUUGGACUAUUUGGAAUAUUAAAUAGAGCUUCUCCUACACUGAAGUACUGGUCCGGCCAUGGAGGUACUAAAGAAAUGCCCAGCUGCCAAGAGGAUUCACAAAAGCAGAAGAGUGGCCCAAAAAGAAAGCUGUGUCGUUUUGAAGAGUUCAUUCUAACUUUGAUAAAGCUUCCUUCAUAA